AAAUCAAGAAACACCACAAACAUGGCUGCAGCAGUGGGAAAAUAUGCCGCCAACAAAAUGUUGCGCGGACAGAUGAAGAAAUAUCAGAGCAAGCAACCUUGCGGCGAUGAGGACCCAUUCUUCGUCUACAUCGACGACCCACGCAAGCCCGGAAAGCAGAAGAAGGUCAAANAGACCGUCCCCUCAUACAUCCCCGAACACGAUGCCAAUGUUCUCGCCAAAAUGCGCCGUCGCGCUUACAGAAUGGACAUGGCGCUGUUCGAAUUCCUGGGUACACGCUUUGGAUGGUCUUCUGUUGUUGGAAUAGUGCCCGCUGCAGGCGAUGUCCUCGAUGCUUGUAUUGCUCUGUUGCUCGUCAAGGGCUGCAUGAAGGUCCAAGGCGGUCUGCCAAUGGGUGUUCUGAUCCAGAUGCUCAUCAAUGUCGCCAUUGACUUUGUCAUUGGAAUCAUCCCUUUCGUCGGCGAUAUUGCAGAUGCAUACUUCAAAGCCAACACCAAGAACUGUCGACUCCUGGAGAAGCACUUGGACAGUCUGUACAAGCCCGAUGCUCUCAAGGCGGCUAAGACUCGCUCAGGCAAAGCAAACCACCCAGCCACGGCAUACGAAGACUUUAGCGACGAAGAAGAUGACCGUAGAGCGUUCCUCCAGGAGACCCGUCCACGCAACGAUGGUGCACACGACGUUCGCCAGCCUGCACCGACCGCUGACCCUAGAGCAAAGAAGUCGGGAGGCUGGUUCGGCUUCGGCGGUGGCAACAACAGAAGGGAACAAGACCUAGAAAGGGGCAUUCCUGCCGGUCGCCCAGUUCGCGUCGACGAUACCAUGGAGACUGGUACUGUGCGCACUGAUAGAAGAUGA